AAAGAAGGGGACAGAGGAAAACGGGAAUUGAGAGGGUUUGCCAGUCGGCAUCUGGUGGCUGGUCCAGAAGGAUGCCUCGGUCCCUGCUUCUCACCUGCCUCUUCGUCGCCGUCACACCUGCGGCACCAACAGCCCCAGAUCCCUGUUCCGCCUACAUCAGUCUGAAUGAGCCCUGGAGGAACACUGAGCACCAGCUGGACGAAUCUCAGGGCCCGCCUCUGUGUGACAGCCACGUGGGCGGGGAGUGGUACCGCUUCACGGGCAUGGCGGGGGACGCCAUGCCCACCUUCUGCAUACCCGAAAACCACUGUGGGACCCACGCCCCCGUCUGGCUCAACGGCAGCCACCCUCUGGAGGGUGAUGGCGUCGUGCAGCGCCAGGCCUGUGCCAGCUUCAACAGGAACUGCUGCCUCUGGAACACCACGGUGGAGGUCAAGGCGUGCCCCGGAGGCUACUACGUGUAUCGUCUGACCAGGCCCAGCGUCUGCUUCCAUGUCUACUGUGGCCACUUUUACGACAUCUGCGAUGAGGACUGCCAUGGCAGCUGCUUGGACACCGAGUGCAGGUGCGCGCCAGGGACCGUGCUGGGCCCCGACGGGCAGACGUGCUUCGAUGAAAACGAAUGUGAGCAGAACAAUGGUGGCUGCAGUGAGAUCUGCGUAAACCUCAAGAAUUCAUAUCGCUGUGAGUGUGGGGCUGGCCGUGUGCUGAGAAGUGAUGGCAAGACUUGCGAAGACAUCGAAGGAUGCCACAACAGCAAUGGCGGCUGCAGCCAUUCUUGCCUUGUGACCGAGCGGGGCUACCAGUGUGAAUGCCCCCGGGGCCUGGUGCUGUCUGAGGACAACCGCACUUGCCAAGUCCCCGUGCUGUGCAAGACCAGCACCAUCGAGGUGAGCGUGCCCAGGGACCUGGUGGGCGGGCUGGAGCUCUUCCUGACCAACACCUCCUGCCGGGGCGUGUCCAACGGCACCCACGUCAACAUCGUCUUCUCCCUCAAGACGUGCGGCACGGUGGUCGACGUGGUGAACGACAAGAUCGUGGCCAGCAACCUGGUGACGGGGCUCCCCAAGCAGACGCCCGGGAGCAGCGGGGACAUCAUCAUCCGGACCAGCAAGCUGCUGAUCCCCGUGACCUGCGAGUUCCCGCGCCUCUACACCAUCUCCGAGGGCUACGUGCCCAACCUGCGCAACGCGCCGCUGGAGCUCCGGGGCCGCAGCCGCGGCGUCUUCCCCUUCACGCUGGAGAUCUUCCGGGACCGCGCGUUCGCCGAGCCCUACCGGGAGGCCCUGCCCUCCCUCAAGCUCCGGGACUCCCUCUACUUCGGCAUCGAGCCCCUGGUGCACGUGAGCGGCCUGGAGAGCCUGGUGGAGAGCUGCUUCGCCACCCCCACGGCCAAGAUCGACGAGAUCCUCAAGUACUACCUCAUCCGGGAUGGUUGUGUUUCAGAUGACUCCGUGAAGCAGUACACAGCCCGGGAUCACCUAGCGAAGCACUUCCAAGUCCCUGUCUUCAAGUUUGUGGGCAAAGACCACAAGGAGGUGUUCCUGCACUGCCGGGUGCUGGUGUGCGGGCGGCUGGAGGAGCGCUCCCGCUGCGCCCAGGGCUGCCACCGGAGGGCGGGGCGGGAGGCCCGCGGGGAGGGCGCCCUGCACCCCCCGGAGGACGCCGGUCUGCAGAGCCAGGUGCUGACAGGCGGCCCAAUCCGCAUCGACUGGGAGGACUAGGACUUGGACCGCCCAGCCCUGGCUUCCGGCUGCCCGCCUGCUUGGAGCUUCUUCCCGUGACCUCUGAGGACAUCGGUCAACGCUAGAUCCCUGCCCUUCUUUAAACAUCACGUGUGGGUGUGGACGGACUCCCGGACUGGCUCCCUCUGACCUGGCUCACUGCUGACCGGCCUGACCCUGUCAGGGCUGCAUCCUCCCAAGGUCAAAGCUAUGCUGCCCACACAGAAGACAGCUCCGAUCCCCCAUUGCUUUUCUACAGUCAACCUCCUUCGUAGUAAAUCACCCAAUCAGAAGUUUGGCAUGUCAUUUCAAAUUAAGAAAUUAAAAAAGUUAAAUAGUUGCUUGAAACGAUGACUUAAAUACCCAAUGAUCCCUUAAAUAUGUAAAUAAUAUUAUACCCUGAAAUUUCAGUUCAAAUACAGACUAGUUACCGGGGACUCAGAAGUUUAUCCAUAUAAGUGUGUACUAAAAAAUACUAUUUGGUUUUUCUCUCGCACAAUAUUUUCUUUUGACAUUUUUGUGUUGUUUUAAGAAAUAUCUUCAAUUAAUAAAUGUUAUUAAAUUCAUUACCAUGCAUUUAGGUGGUUCAAUGACAACUUUAGACAAAAUUAAAAUGUGGUGUCAUAUGCUGUUAUUUGGCAUUCUGUGUCCUCAGAUGGAUAAGUGAAUAGAAAAAGGUAUAAAAUUACACCAUGCUCUAUUUUGUAGGUGCUUCAUUAAUUUUAUUGAAAUAAACCACAGAGAUAAAUUU